AUGUCACUCUUUUUUUCAAGCUUGCUUCUCGCCAGUGCGGCGUUGGGUGCUCCUUUGCAGCCCUCUGACCCAGUCUUUACCAACGCGACCAUCACCCCGCCCAUCAACGGCACUACCCCUUCUCCUCUUCAGCCCGGCAUCGUAUCCAACUGCGAUGAAUACUACUUCGUGAAGCCCGGCGAUAUCUGCAUCGACAUUGCCAGUGCCAAGGGCAUCACUCUCGACGAUUUCCUUACCUGGAACCCCCAAGCCGGCGAGACAUGCACCAACCUGCUCGCCGACACUUACGCCUGUGUGUCCGUAGUCGGACAUACCCCCACGCCUACCAAGCCCUCAAACGGAAUCGAGACGCCGCGGCCUAUCCAGGAAGGCAUGGUGGACAACUGCAACAAGUUUCAUUUUGUCGAGAGCGGCGAGAGCUGCCCGGCUAUCCAGAAGGAGUAUGGAGUCAGCCUGGAAGAUCUUGCCAAGUGGAACCCUGCCAUCGAGGAUGACUGCACAAUGAUGUGGGCAAACACCAACCUAUGCGUUGGAGUCAUCGCCUGA